AUGAUGAGCGGAGCGCGGCCCCGCGGGCGGUGCAUUAAGCCGCCGGCAAACAUCAAAGGGCCCUUUGACCGCGCCGACACACCCACACCCUCCCGCGCCAACCCGCGAGCUACUAAUACACUAGUGUACGGCAAUAACGGCGAUCAGCACUCAACGCGAGUGAAAUUUCCGAAACGCACAAGCGAGCCGACCGGUGCAACGGCACUCGUAGAGCACCUUUACACGUCGGCGAUACGUAGGUGGGACGCGGGGUCGCGGCGGCGCGUCCGACACUCGACGGUGUCGUUACGUGGUGUCGGAGAGGCCUCUGGAGGGCCCGAUAACGAGCCACUCGAGCCGCGGCGCCCACUGUCGCCGCUGACGCCGCUCGGGCCAUUAAAGCCACACGUCGACGCCGAAUCGCGUUCCGAGCGACGCCAAUUUCUCGACGACGGAGCGACGUGCACAUCACCACUCUGGUCUGACGUGUAUCGGGGGUGCAGCGCGCCGAAAGGGGGUCACGGAGGGGGGGGGGGGGUUAGAGCCACUUUCGCGAGAACAGGAGCAACAAAACCAGCUUCUCCGUGUCAAGAUGCGGCUGGCGCAUGUCCGAUCGAAAUCUACUUUUUUGCCAACGGCGGCGGCGGACGGCCCUCGACGGGUGACUCCGGGCGUGAUGCGAUUAUGGCCGCUUUGUGGCGGGAACCGUUCAAGGGCCCCGACACGAGGUUUCCCGUU